UGUCCGGGCGCGUUGAUGGGGAGCAUGCUGUCACAGGAGAGUGGAGACUCGCCGGAAAAGAGAGAAGGGGAGAAAAAGGCGAGGCAGAGCGCCAGAAACUCAGAGACAGAUACUGAGAGAUGACAGAGAGACACAAAGAGAAAGAGACAGGAAGGCGCAAAGAGAUGGAGAGAGAGAGACAGGUAGGGAGAGACGCACACAAAGAGAUGAAAAGAGAGACAGAGAAGUACACAGAGACAAAAAGACGUAAAGACAGGGUGAGAAACAUAGGGAGAGAGACACAUAAAGAGACAGAAAGUGAGAAGUACAGAGAGACGCUGGGAGAACAGACACGCAGUCAGCGACAAUCAGAGAGAAAUAGAUGACAGACAGAAGGAAAGACAGAGACGCACAGACGCAGAGACAAACGAAGGGAAAUGGAGCUAAAGGGCGAGACACAGAGGCAGAGGGUCUCCAGAGGCGGCGACCAGGCAGACGUCGCUGCCCACGUUCUCACUCCCGCCCCACCUCCACCCCCCCAGCCGUGGGGUCCUGGACGUUCCUGCUGUCGCGGACAGAGGGCGAAGGGUGCCGGGGGGAUGGUGUGCUGGGCGGGGCACUGCAGAGGCCCUGAGCAACCUCCGUAGCAGUGCUGCCGCCCACCUGCAGGGGGCCCCAGACCCAGAGGUUGGGGGCUGUAGCCGCCUCUCCUUUCCUCUGCACCCUAGGUGGGGUCUGAGGACCCUGUAUGCCCAGCUGUGUGACUCAGGACAGGUGCUUGCCCUUUCCGGGCCUCCGUUUCCCUGUCUAUAAAAUGAGAGGAAGGACCUACUGGGCUGGAGCAGGUGCAAAGGCACUCGGUGGAGUGUUUAAUUGUGGGACAUCGCCUUUCUCCGAAUGGGAAACUGGCUUCUCCGAGGUCACACACUCCAAGGCCCUCCUUUGCCCUCUAUCUCAGAAUGGGGUGAGAGGCAGAAUGGCAGUGCGUAUCUCGGCCGGGGAACUACACAGCCCUGGGUCGCAGUCCAGGCCCUACCCCUGCGUGUCUGCCUCUUCCCUGCCACCUUUCUGAGCCUCAGUUUCCACUUCUUAAAAAUGGGUGCGAUGAUAACAGCAGUGCCCUGGAGCCUGCUCGUGAGAGGCAACUGUUAAAGUCUCAGGAAUUUUGGAAGCUGGUGGUUAAACACAGCCAUUAUUAAAAAAUUAAAUUGUGUAAACUCAUGAUGAAAUAAAUUACAUUUAAAUAAAGCCAAUUCCACUGCCAUCAGAUCGAUUCUGACUCAUGGCGACUCCACGGAGUACAGUACUGCUCCAUAGGGUUUUCUUGCCUGUAAUCUUUACAGGGAACCCUGGUGGCGCAGGGGUUAAGAGCUGGGCUGCAAACCGAAAAGUCAGCAGUUCAAAUGCACCAGCCACUGCUUAGAACCCUAUGGGGCAGUUCUACUCUGGAGUGGAAUUGACUUGGCAAUGGACUUUUUUUUUUUUUCCUAAUCUUUACAGAAGCAGCUUGCCAGGCCUUUCUUCCACUGAUCACUGGGAAGAAACAGGCAGUCUUUAGGUUAGUCAUCAAGUGCAAACCAUUUGCACCACCCAGAGACCUAUUUAAAAUAAAGAAAAUAAAUACUCAGCACUUUUUGUUCUAGUUCUUUUACUAUUAUUUAUGCUCUUGAGGUUAUUUACAUCUGUUGUAUCUGCGUGGUGGUGGUGUUAGGUGCCAUGGAGUCUAUUUCGACCCAUAGUGACCCCAUGUAAGAUUAGAACUGCCCCAUAGAGUUUUCUAGGCUGUAAUCUUUACAGGAGCAGAUGGUUAGGUCUUUCUCAGUUGGAGCCUUUGGGUGGGUUCAAACCGCCAACUUUUCAUGGACUUAACUGUCUUGCCACCCAAACCGAACCGAACCGAACCCAGUGCCGUUGAGUUGAUUCCGACUCAUAGGGACCCUAUAGGACAGAGUAGAACUGCCCCAUAGAGUUUCCAAGGAGCGCCUAGCGGAUUCCAACUGCCGACCCUUUGGUUAGCAGCCGUAGCACUUAACCACUACACCACCAGGGUUUCCGUCUUGCCACCAGGGCUUCUUAUCUGCACAGGGGAAAUACUAAAUAACAGACACAUCUCCCAACAAUGCUUUCGGCCACGUGGCCUUGGUAGCUUGAAAUUAGCAAGAUGGGAAUAUUUACACCAUGGAAAUUGGCAAAUGCUACAAAUCACACUCCUCCCCAAGCUGGUUGGUAAACAUUUAUCAGAACAUCACUGGCUAAUACUAUCAGCUACUUAGACUCCUGAAGGCUACCCCCAGGGCCAGGUGCUUUACCCUUUCUACCACUUCAGGAGAUAGCAGCCAUCAUUAUCAACAGCAUUUACAAAGAGGGAAACUGAGGCCCAAAGAAAGAAGAGGCAAGCCCCCAAGGUCUCACGACAGGUGAGUGGCAGGGCUGGGAUUUGAACCCAAGUGGUCCCAAACUCCAGAACUUGGGUGCUUAACCACUGUGGUUUCCUGUCCCUGAAUACUACUACUACUAACCUCAGUUGUCAACAAAUGAAGGAGAAAACGUUAAGCACAGUGCUUCACAUCGGGUCAGGCUGGAACUUCCUAAGAGGGUGACAUUAUUAUCAUUGUCAUUACUCAGCAAAUGGAUCCUAAGGCGUCUCAAGUGAUGCAAAGAGGGAGGAGUUCAGGAUGGUAUUCUGGAAGCUUUGUGAUCCCAAGAGCUUUGUGGUUCUGGGGGUCUUUGAGGUGGGACCUUGCCACGGGGAGCUGCAGUUUUCGCGUACACCACAAGGGGGCAGGAGAUCGUCUCCUCGCUCAGACUUAACCCACGUCAGGACCACCCCCGUUCUUGCCCUAUCCCUGGUGCUGUCCCCACCCCAUUUCCCAGAUGCUGGGACUGAAGUUUAAAAAGGUGAAAGGUACAACAUGGAAGAGCCUUGAAAACUUUAUGCUUAGAGAAAGAAGGCAGCCACAAGGGCCACUUCUUAUGUGGUUCUACUUCUAUGAAAUGUUCAGCAUGGGCAAAUGCAGAGAAACAGAAAGUAGGUCAGCGGUUUGAGGGGGAGGUUUGGGAGGAGAGGGGAAUGGGAGUGACUGCUAAAGGGUGUAUGGUUUCUUUUGGGGGUGGCGAAAAUGUUCUGGAUGGUGGGGAUGGUUGUGCAACCUUGUGAAUAUACUAAAACCCACUGGAUUAUACACUUUACAAUGGUGAGUUUUAUGGUAUGUGAAUUGCAUCUCAAUAACAAAAUUACACUUGAAAAAAGAGAGAGAGAGAAGGAACUGGAGCGGUGAUGGUGACAGGUCUUGGUCCCAGCCCAGGCUGCCAUCUGAUUACCACCGGUCCAAGCUGCUGCGGAGACUGACAGGGAGGACAAGGCCUGUUCCUCCCCUCCCCCAGGCCCAUUGUCUAUGGAAUCUAGUCUUUGAACCAAGGCCUUGGGACCUUUGAGCCUUGACCCCUGACCCACUUCCCCCAGCCUACUUGUCCUGAGAGCUCCUAAUGCUGUAACCUCUGAGCCCAGCCCCAGAUCCUAACAAAGAUCCUAACCCCAACCCUAACAUUGCCUAGACCAAAGAUCAUGGGCCCCAGGCCAAACACCCGCCACGCCUGGCUUCUGGAAACCAGAAAAGCCAGCUGUUGUCCAGUUGACUCUGACUCAUGGCAACCACAUGUGUGCACAGUAGAACUGCUGUAUAGGGUUUUAAAGGCUGUGACCUUUAGGAAACAGAUUGCCAGGCCUUUCUUCUGAGGUGCCUCUGGGUGGGCUCAAACCAGAGGAGGCCCAACAGUGGUGAUGAGCUUAGCAGUCAAAAGCUUAAUGGUUUGUGCCACCCAGGGGCUUCUUUAGCUUCUGAAUGGCCACCCUAAACCUAAAGCCCAGCCUUAAACUUAACCCUAACCCCCAAAUCCAACCCCACCCAGAAUUUAACCCAUCCCUAGCCCAACCACACCAGCCAUGUCUAUCCCCAACUACAGCUCUGAAGGGAAAUCCAUCCCCAAACCCAUCUGCACACUUCAGCUCUAUCCCAUUCCCAUUUCUGCAUUCAGCUCACAAAUCUUUACUGAGCACCUACUAUAUGCCAAAAGCUCCUAGGUGGUGCAAACGGUUACACUCAACUGUUAACAGAAAGGUUGGAGGUUCGAGUCCACCCAGAGGUGCAUAGGAAUCUACUUCCAAAAAAUCUGCCAUUGAAAACCCUACGGAGGGAACACAGUUCUACUCUGACACACAUGGGGUUGCCAUGAGUCAGGAUGAACUCGCUGGCAACUGGUUUUGGUAUAUGCCAGACAUGCAUUUAGGGAUACAAAGAUGAGCAAGAUAAAGUCUGCUUUAAUAAAACUUACAUUCUAGUGCAAGAGUCAGAACACCUACAAGGAAGACAAAACAGAUCAUUUCAGAUUGUGAAAAAAGCUAUAAAGGAAUUCACAAAUCAGAGUGGUGUCCUGGGAGAGAGGGGCAUGUAGGGGGGCCGUCUUUGAGGGCCUUUUAGGCAAAGAGAGGUGGCAGUGGUGGCUCAGUGGUAGAGUCUCACCUUCUGUGUGAGAGAACUGGCUUUGGUUCCCGGCCAAUGCAACUCCCGCACAGCCACCACCUGUCCAUCGGCGGAGGCUUGCAUGUUGCUAUGAUGCCGAACAAGUUUUAGCAGUGCUUCCAGACUAAGGAGGACUAGGAAGAAAGGCCUGGCAAUCUGCUUCCCAAAUCCAGCCAAUGAAAACCCUAUGGAUCCCAAUGGUCUGAUCUGAAACCAAUAAUGGGGAUGGUGCAGGACCAGGCAGUUUUCUGCCUCAUUGUGCAUGGGACUGCCAUGAGCCAAGGGCCAACUCAACAGCAGCUGACAGCAACAGGCAAAGACAACAGCAAUUUCAAAGCCAUGCCCAGUACUGCCCCUACUCAGGCCCAAAGCCCAGCCUUGGGACCCUGUGCAAAGCCUUCCUGAUUUCUUCAUCUCAUAGAAGCCUGCUCCUUCUCAGAGGCCUCAGUUCUCACUCAAAUACUUCCAGGCACACCCAGGCUAGAGAGCCACUUUGGGCCAGUGUCCAGCACAGGGGGUGUCUCCCUGGGGCGCCCAGGAUGGUGUUGUCACCUUGGGAGGCGUGAAAAGCAGGCAGUGGGGGGCCCUCCUAUUCCGGCCUGGGAUGGAGGUACGGGUGGGGGCCGGGCCUGUGGGCCUUGUCCCUGCCAGCCCAACCACAGGCUGGCCCGAAAGGGCAGACAGAUAAUGAGUCCUUCCCGCCCUGGCCCCUGAGAAGGAGGGGCUUCCUGACAGGAAAUUGUCCUUCUCCGAGCCCCCCCCCCCCAGAACCAAGCUCUCAGCAGUCCUGGCCAGAGUAGCUGGAGCAGCCGAGGGACAGGACAGCAGCAGAGACAGUGAGGCAGAGGCACUGACAACGGAGGUCCUCACCCGUCAAAAUGCCUAUCCUGAAGAGUCUAGGGGUGGCGGACUCAAAGGUGCCCCAAACGGGCACCCUGCCCCUGAGGGCCUCUCGGAACCCUUUUGAGGAAGUUCCAGGGCUGGCAGAAGGAGAAGUCAGAGAGCUGGGGACCCUGCCCAAUGGGGCAUCUUGUCACCGCCGUGCCACCCUGGAGAAGCUGGCAGGCCUGGCCCCCUUCCGGCUGGGCUGGGCCACGGGCCGGCGAGCAGGCAGCCCAGUAGAUGGGCAGUCUCGUUCUUUUCUGGGCCGAGUGCUGACCUCGGGGAUCCGCAGGAGCUCAGCCGACUUUGGCCUCUUGGCCCGGCUUCAGGGGACCCGGUCCCAGAGCGAAGACGUGGACCCUGGGGAGGCUGCCCGGAGACUGGCCUUCCUGAGACUGGGGCGUGGGCCCAAGCCCCGGCGCGCAUCACUGGCUGAGAGGGUGGUGCCUGCAGGUGAGGCAGCUCCUGAGCCUCCGCCCAAGGUCCCAGAGCCCCCAAAGGUGAAGGAGCCAUUGUCAGUGCUGGAGAUCCUGAGCCUGAUCCAGCAGCGCGAGCUGGCGCGCGCCGACGAGCACAUCCUGGAGCUGGAGGCUGAAGAGCUGGCGUUGUCUGGGGGCGGUGCGCCGGGGCCGCCCAAGGCCGAGGGCGCAGGCGGCGGUCGCCGCGCGCGGGACGUGGCCCUACUGUACGAGGCCCUGCAGCGCGAGCUGUGGGCACUGGUGCGCGAGACACUGGCGGGCCCCGGACCAGGCGCUGGCGCGGGCGCGGGCAUCGUGGCGCAGCUGGGCCAGGUGCUGGUGCAGGAGGAGGCGGCCGACGGGCGCCGGGGGCCCGGGGCGGCCCGCAGGCUGCGCGCCCGCUGGGCCGAAGCUGUGGCGCGCACGGCGCGGGAGCGCCUAGAGGCGGCUGCCCCGGGGGCCCCCGGGGGCCUGGCCGGGCAGCUGGAAGCGUUGCGCGCGCGGCUGCUGGAGGACAUGGGCGUGGUGCGCGGCCGCCUGGCGCCGGCCUAUCCCGCCGGCCUGGGCGCCUUUGGCGUCUACCUGCGCGGCUACCACGGCGCGCUGGCCGAGUGGCUGGGAGCCGCCGCCCGCCGCGGGCUGCCGCUGGCCGACCGCUACGCGCUGCUACACUGGCACAACCAGGUGUACCCCAGGGAGGUCUUAGGGCUGGUGGACAUGUUUGCCCUGGAGAAUGGCGAGCUGGGGCCCCUUCUGUCUCCUGGCACCCUGCGGGGUUUGGAGGAUGAAUGUGUCACAGAUGUCAAGGCUCAGACUCGGGCAGCCCUGCUUCGAGCGCUACAGGAAGAUGAGGAGCACUGGGGGACCACGGAGGUCCAGCCCAGCAGCCUGGCCCAGGACGUGUGUGAGCUGCUGGAAGAACACACAGAGCGUGCGCCCCGCAUCAGCCAGGAGUUCGGGGAGCGAAUGGCCCACUGCUGCCUGGGAGGGCUGGCCGAGUUCCUGCAGAGCUUCCAGCAGCGUGUGGAGCGAUUCCACGAGAACCCAGGAGUCCGGGAGCUGCCGCCUGACGCCUAUAUCAGCAGGACCAUCACCUUGGUCAACUGUGGUCCACCCCUGCGGGCCCUGGCUGAGCGCCUGGCCCGGGUGGGGCCCCCCGAAAGUGAGCCAGCUCGGGAAGCAGCGGCCAGCGCUCUGGACCGCGUGAGCCGGCUCUGCCAACGUGUCCUGGCAGACCUGCUAUUCCAGGAGCUCCAGCCCCACUUCAGCAAGUUGAUGCGGAGGAAGUGGCUGAGCAGCCCCGAGGCCCUGGACGGCAUCGUGGGCACGCUGGGGGCCCAGGCGCUGGCACUGCGCAGAUUGCAGGACGAGCCCUACCAGGCACUGGUAGCCGAGCUGCACCGGCGAGCGCUGGUGGAGUACGUGCGGCCCCUGCUCCGCGGGCGCCUGCGCUGUCGCUCCGCGCGGACCCGCAGCCGCGUGGCGGGGAGGCUGCGGGAGGACGCGGCGCAGCUUCAGAGGCUGUUUCGGCGGCUGGAGUCGCAGGCCUCGUGGCUGGACGCCGUGGUGCCCCAUUUGGCGGAAGUCCUGCAGCUGGAAGACACGCCCAGCAUCCAGGUGGAGGUGGGGGUGCUGGUGCGGGACUACCCAGACAUCAGGCGGAAGCACGUGGCGGCGCUCCUCGACAUCCGGGGCCUUCGCAACGCGGCUGCCCGCCAUGAGAUCCUGGCUGUGGCCCGGGACUUGGAACUGUCCGAGGGGGGCGCCCUGGCAACCCCUCGAGACCGCGCCUUCUUCGCAGACAUCCCGGUGCCCCGCCCGCCUUUCUGCCUCGGCCUCCCACUCCUCCUGGGCCGCCUUCCGCUCUCCCGGCUGUCCAGGCCCAGGCUGGCCUGUCUGCCCCGGCCUCGACCUACGUCUCCAGCACGACCCCGGGACCAGCUCUGAGACGCCCCCAGGUCCCCUCCACCUCAGUGCCCCCCAUCUUUGCUGCUGACAAACUGUCCUUCCUGUAGGCCCCACUCCUGACUCCCCGUCUGGGACCACAGACCCCUGGAAUGGAAAGAUCCUUUGGGAUCUUCUCACCCAUUCCCAAACUCAGAAGGGAAACUGAGGCCAGAGGGGACAAGGACUUGCCCAAGGCCACACAGCUAGUUCCCAGCGCCUCCUCCCCCGAGCUUGGAGGGGUGGGGUGGUAUUUGGAAGGUUCCACAAAAAUAUCCCAGCCCUCCUUCCCCCUCACCUCAAGGUCUGGCCCAAAUCCAGUGUAUUAAGAAAUGUACGAUACUUAGAAUAAAGAGGUUUCUAUUUAACACAAGGAAGGGCCGAGUCCCGAGUGUGUGGGGGGAGGAAGGACGGGGGCAGGGCCAAGGGCUUCUCAAGGCCGGGCUGGGGGCCAGCUCCUGGGGGCUGAGUGAGCCACUGUUGGGGCCAGGAGGCCAGGCCUUCUCAUUCGCACCGAGUCCCCGGGCUGUGUGACUCCGCGGCAGGUCCUUGGCCGCUCUGAGCAAGGGUCUCUCAUCCUGGCAACUCCAAAGUGCCUCUUGGUCUUUUCCGGGCUUGUCGACUCCACCUUGGCCCGCCCUGCCAUCCAUCCUCAGCCGGGAAGCCGCGUCAAGAGAGGAAGGAGGUGGGGGGCAGGGCGGCGGCAUCCAGGGCGCCCUCCUGGGUUGACGCAGGAAAGUCUCAGGGUGGGAAAAAGCCCAGCCUCUCAACCCCAGCCCCGCCGGAUCCUGGUCCCCACGGAGAUGUUGAGGUCACCUCCCUGCUGACUCCUGCCCCUCCGGCCUGCUGGACAGCGCAUGACGGAUGCUUCCUGACAUGGGUUUUUUUUCUUUCUGAGAAGUCGGAAGGAGGAGGCAGCCAGCGGUCAGGGUUGCGGCUGGGGUUGGAACCUCAUGCACGUUUGAACUCGGGAAGGUGGAGACGCAGGACUCUUGGAGCCCGAGGGCUGUGUGACCCUGGGCAAGCAGCUGCCUCUCCCUGUGGAAUUGUUUAAGGGCUCUUUGCCCAGGUCGAGGUAGGAUGUACAGAAGCCAUACCCGUCUCAUUGCUGUUGUUAGCUGCCUUGGAAUCACCCAACUCCUGGCGACCCCACGCACAAGGGAGCUAAAUGCUGCCUGGUCCUGCGACAUCCCCAUGAUCGGUUGCAGACGGGACAGUUGUGAUCCAUAGGGUUUUCAUUGGUGCUUUUCUGAAGUAGAUCACCACGCCUUUCUUCCUAGUCUUAGUCUGCAAGCUCCUCUGCAACCUGUUCAGCAUCAUGACGACACACAAGCCUCCAGUGACAGACAGGUCAUGGUUGCACAUGAGGUGCAUUGGCUGGGAAUCGAACUGCGGCCUCCUGCACCGAAGGGGAAAAUUCUACCACUCAGCCCCCCUAAAACUACUCCCACACUAUUCAAGGCCAUUGAUAUCUAGGGGAGGAGUCUGAGGAAUCAGCAACAUGUUGCAAUAUGUAGGCAUUUAAUUAAACUGGAAUUAACCUCAGUUUGGCCCUGUUCUUUUCAGACAUUGGUGUCCCCAUCUUUUCCCAUAAAAUUUACCAGUUUAUUUUUAAGCGUACAAUUCAACAGCAUUAAUUAUAUUCCCAUUAUGCAACCAUCAUCACUCUUCCAGAACAUUUUUAUCACCACAAAGAGAAACUCUGUAGCCAUUAUGUGUUCACUCCCCAUUCCUUCCUCCCCUCAGCCCCUGAUAACCUCUAAUCUACUUUCUGACUCUAUGAAUUUGCCUGUUCUAGAUAGUUCACGGAAACCCUGGUGGCGUAAUGGUUCAGAACGAUGGCUGCCAACCAAAGGGUUGGCAGUUUGCAUCCACCAGACGCUCCUUGCAAACCAUAUGGGGCAAUUCUACUCUGUCCUAUAGGGUCCUUAUGAGUUGGAAUCAAUUCCCCCUGCAAUACCUGUCCUUUUCUGUCUGGCUUAUUUCACUUAGUGUCAUGCUUGCAAGAUUCAUCCAUGUCAUAACAGACAUCAGAGCUUCAUUUCUCUUUGUGACUGAAUAAUCUCCAUUGUGUGGAGACACAAACUUUUCUUUAUUCAUUCUUCUGUUGAUGGACAGUUGGGUUGUUUCCAUUUUUUUGGCUAUUGUGAAGUAUGCCGCAGUGAACAUUGGUGUACGAGUAUCUGUCUGAGUCCCUGCUUUCAGUUCUUUUGGGCAUAUAUCAAGGAGUGGAAUUAUUGGGUCAUGUGGUAAUUCUCUGUUUAAUUUUUUGAGAAACCGCCAAACUGUUUUCCACAGCGGCUGCUGUUACCCCUAUUUUUCAAAACAGUUUAUUGAGAUAUAAUUCACAUAUCAUACAGUUCACUCAUUUAAUGUGUACAACUCAACGGCCCUUAAUACACAGAGUUGUGUAAGCAUCGCCACAAUCAACGUUAGAACAUUUUCAUUACCCCCAAAAGAACCCCUGCACCCCUUAAUCAGCGCCCUCCAACUCCAAUGCAUUUCAAGCUAAGUGGCAGACAUCGGAACAUUUUCCUGAAAUUAUUCACCUGCAUAUCAUUAACUAGAGUUCAAUAUUUGCUAAUGGUCUUUUGUUGUUGUUGCCUUUAAGUCACACUUAGAAAAGACUUACUUAGAAAGACGCUCCCACUUCCAAGGCAGAAAGGAAUUCACCCAGGUAUUCUUCUGGUCCUUGUGUGUUUCCUUUUUUACAUAGAAGUUUCUAAUUAAUUUGGAGUUUAUGUUGGUGCAUGUGAGAAGUGUUUCCAAUUUUAUAUUUUGACCCCUCUCUUUUUAAAUUAUUUUUGAGAUAUAGUUCACAUACCCUAAAGUUCCACCCUUAAAAAAUUGUACAAACCAGUGGCUUUUAGUACUGUAUUUCCACAAAGUUAGAUGGAUUGACACAGUGGCUGCCAACAAUGGGCUCAAGCAGAGCAAGGAUUGUGAGGAUGGCGCAGGACUGGGCAAUGUUUCGUUCUGUUGACUUGUACAUAGGGUUGCUAGGAGUGGGAAGCCACUCGAUGGCACCUAACAUAACAUAACAUUCACAAAGCUGUGCAACUAUCACAGCUACAAUUAUAUAUACAUAUAUAUAUAUA